CAAAACACCACAAGAUACUUGGUUUGCAGAAGUCGCCACUGCUUUGGCCCUGUCCGAUAAGGAAUGACAGGUGAUCUUUUGGCCAGAUGAGGCAUUGACGCGCAUCGCCGCCAAAUACUCCGGUCUCUUUGACGAUGGCACUUAGGACACCCAAAGCAAUUGAGUCUUCGUACGAAGCAUUCUUCGUAUGCUCAGGUAUAGUUGCAUUCCGAAGUUGAACAGUAUUACCUCGCACCACCCGCCAUGUCUGCCGUCGCACCACGAGAAUGGGCUACAGUCGACCUCGAAGUGCCUCGUCUGGGGACUGUGAAAGGUUGGUGCUUUGAUGGCACCACGUGCCAGUACUACGGCAUUCCCUAUGGCAAGGUGCCUGGACGUUUUCGACGUCCUCAGCCUGCUGAUGCACCAUGGCCGGACAGCAAAUGGGAUGGCACAAAGCUCUAUCCCUUUUCGCCUCAGCCACCCCGUGACUUCUAUUUCGUACCGAAUCCGCCCAGGCCAUGGGUGAAAGAACCUACAACGUCUGCAACCGAAUGUCUCAAUAUCAACAUUUCGGUGCCGACUCCGCCUUCAGAAUCGGCGGGUAGGCCCAAGUAUCCCGUAAUGGUGUUCUUCCAUGGCGGAGCUUUCGUCUAUUCUGCUGGAUCAGCGGGGAUAUAUGAUGGGAGAAGACUGGCGCAAAUCUCACAACAAGACCUUGAUAUCCCCACCAUCGUUAUUUCGGUGACUUUCAGACUCGGCGUCUAUGGCUUCUUGGCCAGUAAGGAGAUCCGCGAAUACAACACUGCGCAUGGAGAAAGCGGUGUUGGCAACUACGGGCUUUGGGAUCAAAUCGAAGCCUUGCGAUGGAUUCAACAGCACAUUACUGCAUUUGGAGGGGAUCCGGAUAAAGUGACAAUAUUUGGCCAGAGUGCAGGAGGAGUAUCGUGCAAUGUUCAUAUGCUGAGAGACGAACGUCUGUUCUCUGCGGCCAUUAUUCAGUCGGGCCUCCUUCCUCUUUGUGGCGUGCUCAGCGAAGCUCAAUAUCAGGUCAUUUAUGACAAGCUACUGCGCUACCUGAACAUACCAGCCGACUUACCGGCACAACAACAACUCCAGAAGCUCAUUGAGAUCGAUGAGUCCAACCUUACGAUAGCCAUGGUUCCUGUUUUCGUGACGCCAGUCAUCACAAUCUCCCCAUGCGAUGAUGGCGUUCUUAUCAACGGUCCUAUGCCGACGUACUCUAGCUACUCCGACUUUGCUCCACCAUCUUGGUGCAAACGUGUUAUGAUUGGUGAUGUCGCCAACGAAUGUAUGAUCUGGAACAAGGGUUUCCGUUCCUACGAUGCACCCUCGCUGGUCGCAAAGAUCAAGACCUUCCUGAAAGACAAAGAUAAAGCGCAAACUCUGCUUGAUUUGUAUGGUAUCACCGACGAUAUGGAUCGUAACCGGACCUUCUACAAACUCGAAAAACUUACAACAGAUGGUCUGUACCUCAGUGUCCAUUGGUCUGCUCUCCGCGCUCAUCCACAGAUGUAUGCGUAUCGCUUUGACGUCCCAUCACCUUUCGACAAUGAGUGGAAAGGGCUCGCCCACCACUCGCUCGACAACGUAUAUAUCUGGUCUUUGCUCAAGGACAUUCUGCCCGCUAGCCACCAGCGUGUCUCGGAGCAAAUGAGUGCAGCAUGGUUAAAGUUCGCAAACGGUACCGAGCCCUGGGAGCGAUUCGACAAGAAUCGCGCGUUCAUGAUCUUCGCCCCAGAUCGCUGCGGCAUGGUAAAUGCUGACGAUGACCGCCAGAAACGCGACUACAAAGUUUGGGAGGAGAUCGAGUCUCAAGGACUAUUGCAAGUUUUUGGCGAACUCGCCGACGAGCUGUGCAUGCGGCAUGAAGAGAUGCUCGAUCCAGAGAUUGAGCCCAAAGCGAUGUCUGUCCCAGCAUUUGAAGAGGUAGGCAUCAGCACCGGCAACCAGCCUGGUGGCCUGAGAUUGGACAUUUAGUUUUAUAUGAUGCAAAUAAACGGACUGAUAG